AUGGACAAUAAGUCUGCCACCGCUGCUGAAGCAGAUCCUUCUGUGAUCGAAGCCACAACGCAUCUAGAGGAAGUUAACAGAGAGCCGAAAGAUGUUUUGGAGAAACAUAAGAAAGACAUGGCUGAGAAGAAAAUAUCUGAUGUGAUGGAGAUAUUGCAAGGAGUGGCUGAUCGUCUUCAGAAGAUGGAAGAAAAGAUGGAUAGUCGUCUUCAAAAGAUGGAAGAAAAGGUGGAUUUGUUGAUCUCAUCGUUUAGUGUAAAAGCGGAGGCAGAUAACAUGUCUAUCGAUCAAUUCUCUUUUGGCCAGGAAUCUGGUGAAAGGUAUAGUAAUGACCGUUUUGGUCGUUUUUCAGAUGGUCCUGGUCAGGAGCCUUAUAAUCGGUUUUUAUUUGGUCCUGGUCCUGGUCAGGAGACCUAUGACGGUUUUGGUCGUGUUUUCGAUGGUCGUGGUCGUGGUCAGGAGACCGAUGACCGUUUUGGUUGUUUUUUCGAUGGUCCUGGUCGUGGUCAGGAAACCGAUGACCGUUUUGGUCGUUUCUUCAACGGACGUGGCCGUGCUCUUAAUGUUGGUGGUCGUUUAAGAGGUGGUCGUUGUGGCGGUCAAGGCUACUGUGGCACUUGUUGA